CUGAGCAGCUCCACACACUGAGCCUCUCACAGGGACUAUGGCUGAAACUGCUCCCGCCGCCGUCCAGCCUCCUGCAGCCGCCACCGCUUCGCCCAAAGCCGCCAAGAAGAAGCGCGUUGCCCCGAAGCAGAAACCCGGCUUCAACCUGAUGGAGGAGAUCAAGCAGAUGGUGGCGAGCGCUGAGCAUCGCAGGGGCUUGUCCGUGGUCGCCAUCAAGAAGACUCUGGACGCCAAAGGCUACAAGCCGGAAACUCACAAACACCAGGUCAGGGCUUCUCUGAAGAGACUGGCAGACAGAGGUAUCCUGAUCCAGACCACGGGCAUCGGCGCCACCGGCUCCUUCAAACUCAACAAGGACAACGCGGCAAAGAAGCCGACCCCGCGGGGGAAGAAGGCAGCGGCCGCCAAGAAAGCUUCUCCACGGAAGAAACUUGCAACAAAAAAGCCAAGUUCACCCAAGAAACCAUCUGUGCCCAAGAGAGUCCACAAAGCCAAGUCUCCCGCUGUCAAGAAGACCCCGAAAGCUGCCGUGAGUAAGAAGCCCAAAUCGGCCAAAAAACCUGUAAAGAAAGCGGUGGUAAAGAAAGCUGUAAAGAAGCCCGCAGCCUCAAAGAGACCAAGCGGCAAAACCGCCAAACGUUUCCCCAAAGCGCCGGCGGCUAAGAAAACACCAGCCAAAAAGAAGUAACUUCUCCCCUCUGCUGAUAUUAACCCCCAAAGGCUCUUCUCAGAGCCACCCAUUCCCUCCCAAACGAGCUGCACCUAACGAAUGAUUCUGGGGUGAGCAGAGUGUCUGUCACAGGAGAGCAGAAACAUAGACAUAAACAGCAGGUACUGGGACCUUUGGCGUGUGUCCAUGGCAGCAUCUUGGCACCUGAGUCGGUGUGAAUCCGAGUUAGUCCAGUGGUUAGUAUCUCCGCCUGUCACGCGGGAGACCGGGGUUCAAAUCGCCGACAGGGAGGUCGUUUUAGUCUCUGUGUUAGUUACCAAACAACAUUCACCGAGAGUGGAGUCCUGUAGCUCGGUGGUUACAGCCCCAAAAACCGAGCCCAGCGCAGGGAUAUGUUUCAGCUGCUCCCACAGCUACUGGUCACAUCCAGGCUGUCAUCUUGGGAGGGGAUUUCAACUGCAUCAUUGAGGCAGGUGGACAAUCGUCCAGGGCUGACGGGGCACUGGACAGCUCGUCCAGGGCUCUCCUGAAGCGGCGAUGAACGCAGAGUUACGUGGCCAAUGUGAUCUCUGUGCGGAUCAAGACUAAUCGAGCGGGUGAUGCACCCUGACCAAACCUGCACGGUUCCAGGCUGAAGGAUCCCUGAUAGCCUCGCGCUACUCAGAGAUACCAGGACAAAGCCUUCGGCAGAUUAUCGCACAACCAUAUGUUUGAGGCGGUUUCCAUAAUGGGCUUUGGGGAGGGAAUUUUGAACUGGUUCCGAUUGCUGUACAGAGACAUCUGUAGCGCAGUCACAGCGAAUGGACUUGAGACUCAGGCAUUCCCAUCACGUCUGGAGUCAGGCGGGUUGUCCCAUGUCCCCGGCUCUAUCAGUCUGCUGGAUAGACCCCAUGUUUUGCAACGAGGCUAAACUCUCUCUUCGAGGCUUCGUUCACUAUGAAAAUAAUGCUUUGGGUGAGAUGGACCACUGCUUUUUCAUGGUGGUUAACAGUGGCUCCUCCCCUUCUGCACUGUUAGAAACAAUUAAUUUAGGGAUCGUAGUAAAUCAUGAGAGCAAACAUUGUCCUCAACAGAAUCUGAUAUUGUAAAUGUUAAACAACAACAAC